AUGUUCACACAGAGCCCUCCUAUCAUCUCAGCAUCAGACCCAUUGGUCACAAAACUGAAAGAUUUUUAUUCAACCUUCACUGCAAUCCUUUGCACGCUUCGCAAUGAAAUCCCUCAACCGAAGCCCCAGACGCGUUCCACGGUCGCGGAAACAGCUGAGCAAGCAGCACUGAGGACAACUGAGCGUGACAUGACUAUUUUGCAGAGCCAGUUGGAAGCAAUAAUAUCGCAGGCGAAAGGUACCCAGACUCAGCCUCAAAAUUUUAACCUUCCUGGCGUUGCUGCCCUCUUGGAACAAAGCAUUAGCGAAGCCACAAACCGCCCACAGAUGGACACCCAAGCAAGUAAAACCUCAUCAUUACAGCCUGCACAGACAUCGGACGAUCAACAGUCCGUCGGGUCAGAGGAUGUGAUCAUGACUGGUCACAAGGACGGAGGUGACGACGCCCAGCACACAGCCCAGCCACCAACCAUACCGAGCCCAGCUGAGCGGGCAAGAGUCGACCUAAAUACAAUACCCGGUAGCAUGGCAUUCAGAAGGAGCUGCUCGGUUUUGAGUGGAUCAACGAGUUCCUCCAUGGCCCCCGACGCGUCACCAGCUGGUUCUGUCGCGACCACUCACGUUACAUGGCCGGAGAGCUCUGCCGGGGCUUGUGAGCAGGAUGAGUCCAUUUUGGACGUGGACAUAGGGAAUGGCGCGCAAACAGGACAAUCCUUCGCCGGAGGCCUCAAUGGGAUCACUGACUGUUGCUCGCGACGACAUGCCGAGACCGAUCAGAGUCCUAUGGCCGAUACCAGGGCUGACCCGCCACCACGGAGUCCUGCAGCCAACAACGAAGCUAAGAACGAAGCCAACUCUCAGAUGCACACGGCCGAUAGUACAGCCAGUCCUCCACCACCAGUAGCCCACGAUAUAAGCCCCCCCUCCAAUGAGCAAUCGCAUAGAGAUGAUGAUUUGGACCAAGUGAUGGAUGAAGCCAUAGACAUGCUCGCCGCCCAUAGAGAUAACCAACACGCCGACGACCAACAAGCCUGUGCCCGCUCAAGCAGAGAAGAAAGCGAUGCCGCUAGCGAAGGAGUUGGGCCGAAUAUCAGGCCGAGCACACCAACGAUACAGAGGUCGUCACAAUCUCAGGCCAGCGAAGCUGUGGACACGUCAACAGCUAGCUCUGUUGUGACACACAUCACGUGGCCAGACAGCUCCGGUGGUACUUAUGGGCAAGAUACUACCAUGUUGGGUGUUGAAGGUACAGAAGAUGAUGAUCAGUCACAACAAUGCCUAGGUGGAGACCUCGACGCAGCGUCAGCUGAGACGGGUAUCCAACGGCUGCAGAGCCCUGCAGCCAACGAGACCACUAACGAGAGUGACUCUGCGGCCGACAUUAAUCAGAUGCCGCAGGGCCCUACAACCAACGAGGCUAGUUCUCCUGGUUCUCGCCAAUCAUCAACAGAGGACAUCGAUGACCAAGGAUCGCAGUCCACGCCUUGUCCAAAUAGGGCAGAAGGGGAUGCUGACGAGCUGUGCCCCGGACCCGGAAGCACAUUACCAACUCUAUCGCCCGCCGAUAUGAAAAGGCUUGUUUCCAAGAUUCAGGAAUUAGAAGCCCAAGGCUGUGGACAGCAUGUUGCUGUUCCUCGUGUUGAUGUUGAUUUGGAAGAUGUGAAGAAAAGUAUCGACACGGGAGAAUGGAGAUGUACAACCAUGGAAUACAAAGCGGUCCGGAAAGGCGGGGGGUACGCGUGGAUCUAUUCAGGCAUGCCGAAGAACCAACCUUUGCUCGAUUGGCCAGCUUUUACUGCAGAAUUCAAGCGGCCCACAACCGAGGAAGCCAAGGGUGUGUUUGAAGACACGGCCCAGAAUCCACCAGAAGGGAAGAUUCCUUACUAUAUUGGCCAUGCGGACAUUCUCUCUGAGCAGUCAUUAGAUCCUGGGCCUCUUAUUACUGGAAACAGUGAUUUCAAAGACAUACAUACCAACUAUCACCAUAUUGGGGGUCAUCAGUCCGGAAAUCGCAUUCACUGGGAAGAUUUUACUUACCUAGAUGAAACCAAUGAGGAACCAGUAUAUCGCGGUCUGCGAUCCUAUAACGAGGUUUACUUUGGGACUGGAUAUAAACUUUGGCUGGUUAUUGCAAAACAUCACAUAACCAAGUUUGAUACAUAUGUCAGAGGAAUGUGGCAAUGCAAAGACUGCAUGAACGGAAUUUCGCACAGAUGUCUCUUUCUUUCCCCCUCGAGACUUGAGAAGUCGGGCAUACACUAUACUAUUCACGUUAUUGGACGUGGCGAAGCUUUCUGGACCUUACCUGGGCAGCAACAUAGCAUCAUUAAUGUUGGCCAUUGCGCUGCCCGGUCAAUGAACUUCCUAUACCCUGGCGAAACAAUUGAUUUCAAGAAGCUCGUUCACUGUUCCGAGUGUGACCAGCACCCGAUCAGCUUACAACAUGGCGUCGGAUUACUCCCAAAGGAACCCAGCCGGAAGCGCAAACUUUUACACCCCAGCUUCCCUUCAAAGAAGACACGCAACGAGACUGCUCCCCAACGAGAGCUCGUCAAAAUCAAGAAAGCGCUACAGCUAGCAAAACUAACUUAUCGGCCGAUAGGGAUCGACGACGAAGAUCCAUCCAUCGCAGAAGUCAACGUCUAUAAGCUAGUGGCCGCAGUGCGUAGCACACUCGCCAUAGAGCAGUUUAUUGAAGUUGUGCGGCAAUGCAGGGACCCGCAAAUCAAGACUCAACUUAUCCAAGCGCGAAGCUCCUUGGAAGGAGCUGUCGAAUUAAUGAAAGCUGCAGACGAUCACACAAUGGCCCCAAAACUUCGCGUUCGGCUUGGCUUUCUCGACGAAUUUGCAGCCAAGCAUGGGUUAACAAGGCUUCGGCUGAAACACCAUCUUCAAGAAGGAAAGAAGUGGACAUCGCUAUGCACGUCGCACGAUGGACUACUGCCUUUUAUUUUCUUGAUAUCAGAAACGGCUCUUGGAAUUACUAAAGAGGACUGGGUAACAGCCACUGGCGAGGAAAACAAUAAAGCAUUCCACAAACUCCUUGAUGAUAAUUAUAUGAAGAACCUCUGUAUAGCAGGAAAGGCACUUGAAAAAUUGCUUUUUGGAGAGUCGGUCAAAUUUCUUUGGGAGAAGAAUGGCUUGGACCCAGAUGCGCAUAACAUCGAUGAGUUGCUUAAGGAAUACGAAAUGGAAGAGGCGAGCGCUGCCCCAACUGACCAUGGUGCACGCGGGGCAAUGGCUUAG